GCGGCGCGGCUAUAAAUAGGGGCCCGGCGGCGCGCGUGGUUCAGAAGUCGUGCAGUGAGUGUGGUGGUGCUGGUUUGUUUUAGUGUGUGGGGAUGAGGCCUGAGGCGGCGGCGGCGCAGGGCAGCCCCGGGCUGGCCCCGGCGGCGCUGGAGCAGCUGAAGCAGCGCGCGGCCGAGUGCGUGGAGCAGAACGCGGCGCGGCUGAGCGCGCUGAGCAGCUGCAUCUGGGCCCGGCCCGAGCUGGCCUACGCGGAGCAACAAGCGCACGACGCCAUGACUCGCUUCUUCGCCGCGCCCGAGGUGCCGGGCGCCGCCUGGGCCGUGCAGCCGCGCUACAAGCUCGACACCGCCUUCCGCGCCGACUGGGCCCCGACCCCGGCCGAGCCCGCCGCCCCGGGCCCGGCGCCGCGCCCUCUGCACUUGGCCUUCCUGUGCGAGUACGACGCGCUGCCCGGCAUCGGCCACGCUUGCGGCCACAACCUCAUCGCCGAGGUGGGCGCCGCCGCGGCGCUGGGGCUCAAGGGAGCCCUGGAGAACGCGCUCCCCGCCCCGGUGAAGGUGACGGUGCUGGGCACCCCGGCCGAGGAGGAGGGAGGUGGCAAAAUUGACCUGAUUGAGGCCGGGGCCUUUGACGAUGUGGACGUGGUUUUCAUGGCUCACCCAGCGCAGGAGGAUGCGGCCUACCUGCCUGAUGUAGCUGAGCACGAUGUAACUGUGAAAUACUAUGGAAAAGCUUCUCAUGCUGCUGCUUAUCCUUGGGAAGGAGUAAAUGCAUUAGAUGCUGCUGUUCUUGCAUACAACAAUCUAUCAGUUUUAAGACAGCAAAUGAAACCUACUUGGAGAGUUCACGGUGUAAUAAAAAAUGGUGGUGUGAAACCUAAUAUCAUCCCUUCUUACUCUGAGCUAGAAUUUUACUUGCGUGCCCCUUCUAUGACGGAGCUCACUGUUUUGACAGAGAAAGCUGAAAACUGUUUCAAAGCUGCAGCGCUGGCCACAGGAUGUAAAGUGGAAAUAAAAGGUGAUGGACAUGAUUACUAUAAUGUGCUUCCCAACAAGACUCUGCAGAAAAUUUACAGAGAAAAUGGAAAAAAGCUUGGAAUGGAAUUUAUUUCAGAAGAAUCUAUUUUCAAUGGCUUGUCAGGUUCCACUGAUUUUGGAAAUGUCUCAUUUGUUGUUCCUGGAAUUCAUCCUUAUUUUUAUAUUGGCUCAGAUGCAUUAAAUCAUACUGAGCAGUUUACUGAAGCUGCAGGGUCAGAAGAAGCUCAGUUCUAUGCUUUGCGCGCAGCAAAAGCUUUGGCGAUGACUGCAUUGGAUAUUAUUUUCAAGCCAGAUCUUCUGGAAAAAAUUAGAGAAGACUUUAGACAGGUGAAACUGAAAGAGCAAGGACCUUUAACUAUUCUUCAAGGCAAAGGAUCUGGCCUUGGCAUUGGGGCAGCAUGUGCAUCACGUUAAAUAUUCUCCACUUCUAUGGGAGUAACUUAGUGGAAUAAUGGUUCUCUACUUUAAACCUAAUGGAAGCUAGACAGACUUCUUAACUGUAGAAAGGAUGAUUUUGGACUCCUGAGGAUAUGAGAAAUCAAAUGGCAACAUUUCACUUUCACUUCUCAAAUUUUCUUUUUUCUAAAUAACUUUAAGUAGCUGUAAACUUGCUUGCUAUAUUGACUAAUAUGACACAUUUUCAUAGAUUUGCAAAGCAUACAGUUAAGAAACUUAGCACCAAUAACAACUUGGUGAAUCUUUUAGAACCAUCAUAUAGAUAACUCUUCCAUCUGCUACGAAUCUAAUUCUCCCCUCUCAUAUGUGGGUUCUGUGGCAAUCAUCAGUUACAAAUGCUUGUAGUUUAAAUAUGUCAGCCAUAAAUAGUAAACUUUCUAUGAUUUAUGUCUAGAGGAACCAUAUAUAAAAAUCUGAGAUGCAUAUCCACUAGCUGGAAUUACAGACCUUCAGGAGGGUAUAAAAUUAUAGGGAAUAUUUCUACAUUUGAGUGAAAGUGAGGUGCAUAAAAUAAUGAUUCUGAAUCCUUCAGUGUGUAAGUCAUUAGCUUCGUCCAAAGUUAGUAUAGAAGUUGUUGUGAUGGUCAGUGAUUGUGAGAUCAAAGUACAGGGUUUUAUUUUUGUUUUGUUUUUUUGGUCACCCUUUCUUAGAGCUCUAUCUACUAAUACUAUCUAUAGUCGUCUUCUGAUGGAAUGCGUACUUCCAGAGUACCUCACAGUUUUAAUGUAGUUAGUUUCAUAACAUGCGUGUCAGAAAAAGAGUACUGUCAUCUCUGUAUAAACUAAGGCAUGGAGGGUAAAGGACUCAGUUUGAGUCACAAGUCUGCAAUGCAGGAAUUAAGCCUAGGUCUGCCAAAUCCCAGGAUAGGAAAGAGACCUCUAAUAGUUCAGUUAGCUUGCAUGGACUUACUUUAAAAACAGUGUACUAAUCCAGGGGUGUCGAUCUAGUCUGGCCCCAGGUAAGUGGUGCAGGAUUGGUCCAUGGGCCAAGUAAAUGGUGUGCGCCUAGGCCGAUGGGCUGUAUUGGGCCCAUGUAUUCCCUUUCUCUCCCCUUCAACUUCUGGUCUGGGAUCCAGUGGGAAGAGUCCUGGUAUCCUGGGCCCUUGGGUGCUGCUGUGAGAACAAGCUGAAAAGCCUAGCUCCUUCCCAUGUUGCUGGGGCUCCAACCCCCUCGUUUCUACCUGAGUGCUUGGCUACUGCUACAGGAAGAUCACCCAUCCAAUCAUCAGUUUGGAUGUUUGACAUGCCUGUACUAAUCUGUAGUAAUUUCAGAACUAGAUACCGAGAACAUUUUUAUAUAUGCUGUGGGAUGCAGCGCUGGGUGCUUUAAUUAGCAAGCCACACUAAUUAAAAGCGCCCAUGCGUCAUGUGUAUCAGCAUCCCCGUGCUGAAAAAAUGGUGGUGGGACACUUAACUAAAGCUCAUUGAAUGAGUUUUAUUUCAAAGCUCCCCACCGCCAUUUUUUCAGUGUGGAGAUGCGCUGGGACACUGCUGCACAUGAUGCAGAAGGCUGCCUGAGUGCGUCAAGUUCCAUACUUCAGCAGACUCGAUUAAUUAAGUCUGCUCUGACACUGGAUUUCCAGUGCGUUGGAGCAGGCUCCACACACGUGCAUAGGAGUCCUGAAUGUUUGACCGUUGUGAUUCAUUGGAUAUCACUUCCAAACGGUGUGUAGCUUGUUUGGGUUUUCUUCUUCACAGAUCUUGGAUUGUUAAAGUUUGUCCAAAGCAUUUCACUUGGAGUUUCUUUUCAACAAUGACUAAGCAGCCUGGAGAUGAGUAGGAAAAUCUUUUUUCCUACAUGUAAGUAAAUGUCUUCACAGUAAGUAGCUUGGGGUAUGUUAAUUUGAAAGGCUUUAUAUCUCCAUUAUGCUUGUAUGGUUUUUCUCUUCUGUAAAGUCAUGGUCUACAGUUUUGAGGUCCCCAUGUGAUUUUUUUUUUCCCCCCCUCUUUUUGUGGGCUACCUACUUUUUUUUAUUUUGUGACUUUGUCCAUAAAAAAUUCACAGAAGUAGUUGCACUACAAGUGUAGGCUUUUCCUUACACUAGAAACUUUAAAAUGCUGCACUGGUUUGAUGACUUUCUUUUUAGAAGCUCACUUUUGUUCAGGGCCUUGGUUCCCUUUUCAAAAUAGAUAGAUAGAUAGGUAUUGGGCUAAAACAUACAAGAGUUCAUUUAAUCAAGUCUCUUUACCACAGGUAAACAAAUUGGCUAGUUUUGCCAUAAUGUGGAUAAAUUGUGGCCCCAGUUUUAUUAACAGAUAUUCAGUUUUGCUCUGCUACACUAUUUCUGUAUUUCUUCUGCUGUAAUUGUCAUCACCCUGUUCAGUGUAUGCAUAUUUUGCUAUCAAUAGAGGGUUCUGUGCAUCUCUUGCCUCCAUAAUGCUGUGUGGAAUAGUGCAGCACUGUUUGCUUAUGCUAUGAACUCUAGAGUUUUGUGCCUCCCAGAUUGCUGUGCACAAGAAGAUUAGUUUCAAGGGGAGAAAAGGGAAUUGCUUCCUAGCACUAUGGGUUGAGUGCAGUUUCCACCCUUAACAUGUUCAGCUCUCUGCAAGAUGUAGCGAUGAUGGUUUUACCUUCCUUGUAAAGCAUUGUGUAAAAGCCAUGUGUUCAGAAGCUAGUCUUUCUCAUUCAAAACUGUGAACUUUUAAGUUCUUUUAAAAGAGGUAGUUAGUUAUAUUAGUCUGAAAUCAAGUGGAAGGCAAGGCAUAGUGGCAUCUUUCUAAAAGAUGUUUUCUCUCUCUGCCUUCCCUUCUGCCAAUCUUUUUAAAAGAAGUGACUGGCAGUCUCCAACUGCAAGCAUUUUCUUUUUCCUAACAACAAUAAUGGUAGUCAAAUAUAGCAUUUAAUAGCAGCUUCUAAACUUUGUUACAGCUGCAUUCAGCCAAUGAAGUGUAUGCUUUAGAUUCAUGAUUGCUGUUUUGCCUCAAAUAUCUAUUACUUAGGGACCUGGACUUAACUGGGUUUGGGUUUAAGGUUUCCACGUUUAGGAUCUUAACUCCAUGACAAUAAUAGGUGGAAUUUUUGAAGUGCCUGUAUGACUGGAGCACAGUUCUUUUUUACUUGUGACACUGAAUCUCAUGAGCACUUCUAAAAAUCCCUACUUUAGCUCUUAAAUUCCCAUAACAACUUGCUUUCCCACAAGAUCUUUUCACACUUGUUCCAGUAUUCUCAAAACCGAAUUAUCUCUGGCAGAAAUAUGUAAUGUAGCAACUUAGAAUGAAUCUGUCACAGACUAAUGAUUUACUUAAAUGUUGUACUUUGGCAUCAUUUAAGGCUGGGUGAUGGAUAUCAAACUUCUGUGAUAGGCUUCAUAGAGCAGUGUUGGUAAGGUCCAUCCUACAACUUGAGCAAAAGAUAUGCCUGGUAGACUAUGAAAACUGACGUAUACCUUCCUUUCAUGAAGCUGUCCUGGACAAAGGAGGAGAACUUUGGUUGUUACCAAACAUACUUCAUCUGUCUACAAGGGGUACAACAACCUUUCAUUAGAUUGAGGUCCCUUCCGGCCCUUAAAAUCUAUGAAAUCUAUAACCCAUUAUUUUGUAUCAGGUGCACUCUUUUCGAGUAAUCAUUGCUGUUUUGCUGUCACUGUUUUACUUGUGCAAUAAAAUUGAUCUAUGGUGUAUAAAGACUUGUUCAACAUAUUCUAAUGUAAAAAUAAAGUUGUUUGCUUAGUGUU